AGACUAAAAUCCGGUGUUGUGUGCUUCAAAAUAUACUCGUACAUAUUUUAUAAAGCGACAAAAAAGUUAUAUAUGUACCUUUCUAUGAGAUAAUUUGUGUGUGAUUAGAAUGACGGUUAAAACAGAACAGAAAGGGCCCAUCAUUGGCAUCCGUCACUUACAGGCACUGCUUCUUUUCAUUUGCAUAAAUGUUAAUUAUGUGGCCCGAUUGAAUGCCAGCGUUUCGGUUGUGGCUAUGACCAAUGCCGAUACCACUAACCCAGAUUUUCCGGAAUAUGACUGGACGGAGGCGCAGAAGUCGUAUAUCCUGUCUAGCUUCUAUUGGGGCUAUCUGGUCUUGCAGUUUCCCUCUGGAUUUCUAUGCAGACGCUACGGUGCCAAAAUCAUACUUCUAAUACCCACACUUGGCACGGCUGUGCUCAGUGCAAUCACACCCAUCUGUAUUACAUCUGGUGGAGGUUGGCAGGCCUACUGUGCUAUUCGCGUACUGCAGGGUGUUUUCCAGGGGCUCAUAUUUCCCUGCAUCCACGAGCAUCUGGCGAAAUGGUCACCACCGGCGGAACGCAAUCGUCUUGGCAUAUUCGCCUAUUCGGGCUCCGACUGUGGCACUGUUAUGGCUAUGGGAGUUACGGGAAUCAUUGCCAAUGGCUCUAUGGGCUGGCCAGGCAUCUCUUAUGUGUCGGCGGGAAUGUGUGGCGUUUGGUGUUUGCUGUGGGUGCUGCUUGGGUCCAACAGUGCGCCUGUUUCUCGAUUGAUUGGUGACAAAGAGCGGGAAUACAUCGAGCUGUCAUUGCAAAGGAAUGAGGGCUUCCACGAACAUAAAAUUCCAAUACCUUGGCGUGCCAUUUGGACAUCCGCUCCAUUCUAUGCGCUUUUGGUGGUACGAUGUGCCCAGGGCUGGGCUAAUUCAACAAUGCAGCUGCAGACGCCUUCCUAUAUGCACGGAGUUCUCGAGAUGGACAUUAAGAGUAAUGCGCUCUACUCCGCUCUCCCGUUCGUGGCCAUGUGGUGCAUGUCGUAUGUGUAUUUGGCAUUUGCCGAUAUCGCCAUGGCUCGCCAUUGGAUGCCACUAACUACGUUGCGCAAGUCCAUCAAUACGGUUGCCUUUUGGGGACCUGCAGCUGCCCUCAUUGGCAUCGGUUUUCUCGACAAAAGUCAGACGAGUCUGGCCAUCGCUUUGAUGACAAUCAAUGCAGGUCUCAAUGCGGGUUCGGGCAUUGGAAGCAUACUCACCAUAAUUGAUAUGUCGCCCAACCAUUCUGGAAUGCUAAUGGCUAUUAUCAAUGGCUUAGCCAACAUUUUUCCACUGGUGGCGCCGCUGCUCGUAGGCGUGAUUGUGACUGAUACGAGCGACCGUAGUCAAUGGCAAAUCGUGUUUGGUUUAACAGCCAUUAUUUUCUUUUUUGGAAACUUGGUGUACCUCAUUUGGGGCACCACUGACCAGCAGCCUUGGAAUGCUGCCGACUUUCUGCAGCCAAGUGAUGCAGAGUGCAUCGAAAAAGAGCAAACUAAGGCCAAUAUCGUGCAUAAUGGCGAUGCAUUGGCAUUGAGCGAGAAGCCAGAAUAAAAAUUCAAUGAGCUGUGUUAAGUAUUUCUAAGUACAAAUUAAUGGAAUACCCUCAUAACUAAGAAUAUUUGAAUAUUUGUAUGAAUAAAUAUAGUACAUAUAAGAUGGUUGUUAUUGCCCAAAUGCAGUAAUAAUCGCACCAA